UCACUCCACUCCUUCUUCUUCAAAUUUCAGUUGUGCACCUUUAAAUUAUUUAGUUUUUGCAAUUAACUUUAAUUCAUAAGUUUGUUUUGUAUUACUUUUCAUUGUCAUUUGUGAUUUUUAUGUUAGUAACUUAAUUACAGUUUUAUAGCAGAUGGCAUUCCAAAAGUUCACGCUUGGGUUGUGGUGGAAUGGUUACACGGAAGAGACCGGAAAGGGUGUAAGUUACGUGGGUGGCAAUUUUUAUAAAAUGAAGGUCCGUACGAGACCGAUGCUUGAAGAGCUCCAUCAAAAAUGCACUGAGGUUACCUGCAUGGAUGGCACUAGAAGAGUUGAUCGUAUGGUAUAUCGAUAUCCAAACAGAUAUGACGAGUCAUUGUGGAAUGAGGAAUUCCUCAUUACCACUCAGGAGGACGUUGAUGCCAUGGUCCAAUUUUUUACCACCAAUAACAUUAAACAAGCGGAGAUGUUCGUUUACAUCGAGGCGGUCAAAGGCAGUGUAGGUCAUUCUGGAGAUGGCCAAACAUAUGGUAUCCACGGUGGGAGUGUAUUAUACGAAUAUCAUCCCCACCAGGAGUACCAAGACUCGAGCUGGAGGCAGAAGUAUUAUGAUGGAACUGGAGGUCAUCAUCAAUCCUUCCCAUCAUAUAAAGAAGAAGCUCAACAGGAGGAUGGGAACCAACAAGCAGGCUACCAGUACCAACCCGAGUACAACUUCUACCAAAGCGGCGUUAGUUACCACAAGUCCACAAAUACCAUUACGGAGCUGGUGAAUGCGCCUUUCAUGAUGAUCAUCAGAUGGAAUAAGAGGUCAAUCCAAGUCCAGUUAGUGACCCUGAGGUUGAAGAAGAGGAAGCCGAUGUCAGUGCAGACAGCUUCGAUCCUCUUGAAGGUGCUGAUGAUUCCGGUCCAGAUUCAGAUGCAGACGGUGAUGAGGUACCUCGUGACCGUGUACCUAUCCCAUACUACAAUCACGUUCCAAAUGAAGAUUGGUAUGUUAAUGCCGACAUGGACCCGCCAGAGGUGCCAGUAUGUGGUCCACUCACUGGCUUUACGAAGGGCCAACAAUUUGCAACGAAGAAUGUGGUUUGGCACACUAUUUCCACUGAAGCAAUGACUCAGAGUUUUGAAUGACACACAACCCAUUAUGACAUGAAGAGGCUGAUGGUUAGAUGCAAAAAUCAAAAUGAGGGAUGCAAGGCUAGGAGCCGGGCCAUCAAGAGCAAGAGAGUCGGCCAUUGGGUCAUAUCCCUUGCGGUGAACACACACACAUGUGUGUCAUCAAUAACAUCCCAAGGCCAUCGAAAGUUGAAAUCAAGGGUGGUUUUCGCUGCUAUCAAACAUCUAAUUGAGGAGCAGCCUGACCUGAAGGUUAAAACCAUCAUCGCCGACAUUUCUAGUCGUUAUUGUUUGAGGGGUUACUUUGAAACUUUGGAGAUUUUUUAGUUGUAAUUGGAGAUGGUCAAAGAGCCCAGUGCUUAUGAAGGAUCCCUCUAAUUCCCCACUAUUAGUCGGCUGCUAGUGUCAGCGCCUGCCAUUAGCAUGUGGUUGUCGAUCUUACAACAUAUGACUCCAAUUUUAGGAUGAAAUCAUGUGAGAGUUUAGUGGCUUCAGGUUCUCAAACCCUUCAUCCAUAUAAGGUGCAGCGAAAAUAAAGAACAUUAAUGUUU